ACUUGAUCCACCGCAUUCUCGGCCGAGGUACGCCUAUAAGAAGCGCCGCUACGAACUAGGGGACACACGCUGUGGCUCGUGACUCAGACCUUGCUCUGAAGUGCUUCCCCAAGUGCUCCUCUCGCCAGCCAUCUUCUCCGGACUCCAGUCCAGUCUCAAUGGCGGAUCAGAGCCUCGCAGCCCCUAUCCGUUGCAAAGCGGCGGUGAGCAGAGCCAAGGGCGAGCCGCUCGUCGUCGAGGAGAUCGUCGUGGAUCCGCCCAAGGCCCACGAGAUCCGCAUGAAGGUCAUCUGCACCUCCCUCUGCCACACCGACAUCACCUUCUGGCGUGGCAAGGAAGACUUCCCGAUCCCGCCCGUGUUCCCAAGGAUCUUAGGCCACGAGGCCUACGGGGUGGUGGAGAGCGUGGGGGAGCAGGUGGAGGGGUUCGCGGUGGGGGACACGGUGGUGCCGACGUUCCUGGGGCAGUGCGACUCGUGCGGCAGCUGCGCGUCGGCGGGGAGCAACAUGUGCUCCGCGCUGCCGUUCGUCGUCGGCCCUGGGAUGCGCCGCGACGGCACCACCCGCUUCAGGGACGGCCAGGGGGAGCCGCUGCACCACUUCCUCGCCGUCUCCAGCUUCAGCCAGUACACCGUCGUCGACGUCAACCAGGUCGUCAAGGUCGACCCCUCCGUGCCGCCCAAGCUCGCCUGCCUCCUCGGCUGCGGCGCCGGCACCGGGGUCGGCGCUGCGUGGAGGCUGGCCAAGGUGCAGCCUGGAUCUUCCGUGGUCAUCUUCGGGCUGGGAGCGGUGGGAUUGUCGGUGGCACAAGGCGCAAAGAUGUGCGGAGCAACCAAGAUCAUCGGCGUUGAUCUGAACCCUGACAAGCAGGAACUGGGGAAAAAGUUCGGCGUGACAGAUUUCGUCAACCCGUCAAAACUUGGCGAGAGUCCACUCAGCCAGGCGAUCAUCGAGAUGACCGGCGGCGGCGCCGACUACUGCUUCGAGUGCAUCGGCGCCGCGUCCGUCAUGACCGACGCGUUCAGGAGCGCCAAGCAGGGGAAUGGCAAGACGGUGAUCCUGGGGGUGGAGAAGGACGGGAAGCCGAUCAGCCUGCCGUCCAUCGAGUUCCUGUUCGGCAAGUGCGUCAUGGGAUCACUCUUCGGGGGCAUGAAGCCCAAGACCGACAUCCCGAUCCUCGCCGAGAAAUGCAUGAACAAGGAGCUGGAGCUGGAGAAGCUGAUCACGCACGAAGUAGGCCUGCAGGAGAUAAACACGGCCUUCGACCUGCUCCUGCAGGGGAAGAGCCUCAGGUGCAUCAUCUGGAUGGACAAGCUGGAGGUGUGAAGACACAUGGGGGAAAAUGUUGGUCCAGACCUGGCUGAUGCGGCGAUCGAAUAAAGUUGUUUGUUUGUUCCCUACACAAGUUGUUGAUUUUGUUGUGUUUAACCUGUGUUGCGAACAUCGAAGCUACCCUGCUAUUGUGAACGGAAGCUUUGCCAUGCUA